UUCUGUUACGAAAAAGGGCUCUUAGUUCGUGGAAACUAGCCUCUAGUUCUCACUAUAAAAGCAAAUAAGUGAUAAACUAUAAUGUUAGUUUUAUAAAAAGCUUGUAUUAUUCUACUUUUAUAAAAUGGCGGAAAGUCUAUCACAGAUUUGGCUAUUUUUGCUGGGAAAUUCCGUAGUCAAUAAUUGUUCUAAAUUUGGCGAUGCUGAAUAUCCUAUUGUACAUACUGAACUGGGAAAAAUACGUGGCACAACAACUUUUCAAACACGUUUGGGCGAAACAAUCUACUCAUUUCGUGGUAUUCCUUAUGCUGAACCUCCAAUUGGAAAGCGCCGCUUUGAGCCACCAUCACCUGUAAGACCAUGGGGAAAUAAUAUCUUAGAUGCUACUAAGGAUGGACCUGUAUGCCCACAACCGUAUCGUGUUUCGUCUGAAAUGGGAUUUACCGCUUCAGAGGAUUGUUUACAAUUGAAUGUGUAUACAAAGACGAUAUCAAGCACUUCAAAGCUUCCAGUCCUCGUUUUUCUACACCCUGGUGCAUAUUACAAGUAUUCUGGUAUUUCUUACUUUGUGGGUCCAGAAUAUUUACUAGAUAAAGAUAUUGUUUUGGUUACAAUUAACUAUCGUCUUGGAGCCUUAGGUUUUAUAAGUACUGGAGAUGAAUUUGCACCUGGGAAUAAUGGACUGAAGGACCAGGUUAUGGCUUUGAGAUGGGUUAAGCAAAAUAUAAAAGCAUUUGGUGGUGAUCCUAACAAAAUUACACUCAGUGGAUAUAGUGCGGGAGCAUUGAGUGUAGGCCUCCAUUUAGUUUCACCUAUGUCAAGAGGGCUAUUUCAACGAGCAAUUUCUGGAAGUGGAUCACCAUUAGCUGAAUUAAAAUUCACCACUAAUCAGCUUGAUUUGGCGAUCAAACAGGCUCGUCUUCUUGAUUGUCCAACAAACAGUAGCCAAGAAAUUAUUGAAUGCUUAAGAACCAAAGACGCUGAAGAUAUUUCGACCACACUUGAUAGUUUUAUGGAGGUAGGCAAAGAGCCAUCAUUGAUAUGGCAUGCAGUUAUUGAACCAGAACAUUCAGGAGAAAAAUUUUUAACUGAUGAUCCAAACAAAUUGUUUUAUAAGGGACAAUUUAGUAAAGUCCCUUUUAUGACUGGCGUGACUGAAUUAGAAUACGCAUAUGGCGCUUAUAUUGUAGUGGCAAACGAAACCCUUCGAAAUAUAUGGAAUGAAAAUUUUUCAUAUCCUGCAUCACUAGCCUUUUCGUAUGAAAAGAGAUCGGAUUCGUUAAAUAUUAGUCAAAUUUUAAGAGACUUUUAUUUAAAAGAUUCUGCAAUUAGUAUACAGACUGUUGAUGAAUUUGGGAAACUGUACGCAGAUGGAAAAAUUGGUUUUUCGGUGAAUCGAUUAGCAAAUGUAGUUGCAAAACAUUCAACUGUAUUUUAUUACAAAUUUUCUUAUAAUGGAACAUACAGUUAUUUCUAUUCGCCAUUUACCAAUAAAACAAUUGGCGCGGUCCAUCAAAAUGACCUAAUAUAUUUAUUUACGAAUCGAUACGAAAAUUUUCCUUUAUUUAGUGUUGAAGAUCCUGAAUCGAAAAUAAUAGAUAAAAUGAUAACAUUGUGGACUAACUUUGUGAUUUAUGGAAACCCUACACCAAAACGGGAAAGUGUUUUAGAUGGCGUGAGUUGGAAACCAAUUUCCGAAAAUACAGAAUAUUAUUUAAAUAUUGAUACAACCAUAUCAUUGAACGAAGAUUUAUUUCCUGAACGCUAUGCACUUUGGGAAAAACAAUUAUUCCCUUUAUCUGGGCAAUUUUCAUAA